GUGGGUGCGAUUCGGAAGAAAGCCAGUUGUCCUGGCUAUUUAUAGGACAGCUGGAGAAGAAGUCGCAGGAGUUACUACAGCUAUUUCUGACCAGAUAGAUUCAUUUGGGUCUAUCUGCGGUUGUCGUGCACACAGUACAUUUAUUUGGACGGUCAAAAACAUAUCACUGGUGAUUCAAUCAAGAUGCCAGUGACGCAAGGUCGAUCCAGAAGAGAUCGGAACAAUGUUCUGAACCGACCCGAGUUCAUUUCACUGAACCAGCCGUUAAGGACUAAUAACGCAGAAGUUCGAGGCUCCGGCCGCAGGGCUCCUAAACAGCCAUGUCAACACCAGGCGUCCGAGAGCGCGCCGCCGGAGUCCUCCGAGAAUAACAAAGAGCGCCGGGAAUCUAUCAAGCUACCGGACGAGGACUGCAUGCAGCUCAACCCGUCUUUUAAAGGCAUCGCCAUGAACUCGCUCCUCGCUAUUGACAUAUGUAUGUCCAAGAGAAUGGGGAUCUGCGCGCACAGCACGUCUUCGUUCGGCAGCAUGCGCUCCAUGGUGAAGCUGCUGGCACUCACGGGCCACGGCAUCCCCUGGGUCAUCGGCACGAUCUGGUGCCUCACGCGGAGCAACACGCUGGCCGGGCAGGAGGUUCUGAUUAACUUGCUUCUGGCGCUCCUGCUGGACAUCAUGACGGUGGCGGGGAUGCAGAAGCUGGUGAAGCGCAAAGGUCCCUGGGAGAUGGCGCCCAGCUUCCUGGACUACAUGGCCAUGGACGUCUACUCGUUCCCCGCGGCGCACGCCAGCCGCGCCGCCAUGGUGACCAAGUUCCUGCUGGCGCACCUGGUGCUGGCCGUGCCGCUGCGCAUCCUGCUGGUGCUGUGGGCGGGGCUGGUGGGCGUGUCCCGCGUGCUGCUCGGGCGACACCACCUCACGGACGUGGGCUGCGGCUUCGCGCUGGGCUACCUGCACUACACGCUGGUGGAGAUGGUGUGGCUCUCGUCCACCACCUGCCAGACCAUCAUCUCACUCGGCUCCUUCAGCUGGAUACCCAUCUAGCCCCCCCCUCCACACCAGCCAAGCCCCCCCAGCACCAGUCUGUCUGCGCCUGCGCUCGUUUCUUUAUGGGUGUUUGUUUGUUUGUGUGUUUUGUUUGUUUUGGUUUCAUUGGUUUGAUUGAUGUUGUUUAGCCCAUUCUGUUACCCUGUUGUUUCCACAUUCUGAUUUUGUUUAUACGGACCGACAGUGAAUCAAAUGUUCCAAACUAACUACCCAAGUAGUGAAUCAAUUUAGGUUACUCAUCAAACAAAGGGAAAUGUCCUUUUU